AAAAAUAAAUCCAAACAAUACAAAAUAAAUAAUGAAUGAAUACACUUAAAAUAAAUAUAUAAAUGUGUAUAGACAGACAGGCGGACAGACCAUAUAAAAGUAAAGGGGGCUGACAGGAGGGACACACACUCACUCACUCAGUCAGUCACACACACACACACACACACACACACUCACUCACUCACUCAAACACACACGCGUGCAGCCUGGAAAGAGACCAACUGGCAGACUUGAGCCUUAAACUACUUCCAAUGACUGUUUAAUCUUCUUUUAAUCAAGAUUAAAGUCUGGAUGCGGAGCCGCAGCUUUUGUUUCUUAUUUUUUCUCCGUUUUCCGUCUUCCUUUCGGCGGGAUUCGAUCUUUUCUUCCGCGGAGGACAUGCCGCGUCUCGCGGCUUUGCUGGCCGCCUUCGCGCUCCUCUCGGCCGGGUCCGGGAGCCCCGGUACCGCGCAGCGGGGAGCGGGGAGCCCCGGUACCGGGGCCCGAGGGGCGGGGCCGGCGGGCUGCCGGGGCGCGGCGGACGGGCCGCUGCUGCGCGUGGACUGCUCGGACCGCGGGCUGCGCGAGGUUCCGAGCAACCUGAGCGUCUUCACGUCCUACCUAGAUCUCAGCAUGAACAAUCUGACCGUGUUGACCAGCGGAGCUCUGACAGACCUACACUUCCUGGAGGAGCUGCGUUUAGCGGGAAACAACCUGUCAAUCAUUCCCAGAGGAGCCUUCAGCGGCCUGUACAACCUCAAAGUGCUGAUGCUGCAGAACAACCAGCUGCUGUCUGUACCUGCUGAGGCCUUUCACCAGCUGCACAACCUGCAGUCACUCCGUCUGGAUGCAAACCACAUCUCCCACGUUCCCAUUGGCUGCUUCUCCGGCCUGCGCUCGUUGCGUCACCUCUGGUUGGACGAUAACUCCCUGGGGGAGGUUCCUGUGGAGGCCCUCAGCGAGCUGCCCGCCCUGCAGGCCAUGACGCUGGCCCUCAACCACAUCAGCUACGUCCCUGAUGGAGCCUUCAGCCGGCUGGGCCGCCUGGUGGUGCUGCAUCUCAACAACAAUGGGAUCGUUUCCAUGGGAACAAACUGCUUCCAAGGACUCCACAGUUUGGAGACGCUGGAUCUGAACUUCAACAGUCUGCUGGAGUUCCCCACGGGGAUCCGCUCCCUGGGUCACCUGAAGGAGCUCGGUUUCCACAGCAACAACAUCCAGUCCAUCCCAGAGCAGGCCUUCACGGGGAACCCCUCCCUCAUCACCAUAGUUUUCUAUGACAACCCGAUCCAGUCCGUCGGGCGAUCCGCCUUCCAGGACUUACCGGAGCUACGCACACUGUCGCUGAACGGAGCAGCGAAUCUCACACAGUUUCCAGACCUGACGGGAACCCAGAGCCUGGAAAGCCUGACUAUCACAGGGGCUCGGAUCACCUCUCUGCCCGGUUCAUUGUGUGAACAGCUUCCAAACCUUCACUUCCUGGAUCUCUCCUACAAUCACAUCCAGACUCUCCCCAGCUUCUCCGGCUGUCAGAGCCUUCAGACGAUUGAUCUGCACCACAACGAGAUAGAGGAGCUGGAGGAGAACACCUUCCAAGUUCUGAUGUCACUACGCUCUCUCGACUUGUCGUGGAACAGAUUGUCGUCAGUGAAACCGACGUCUUUCUCCGCUCUGCCUGCUCUCACCAAACUCGACCUGUCGUCCAAUCAGCUGUCGUCUCUCCCUCUGAUUGGUCUGCAGACUCUGACUCACCUGCGAUUGGCUGGAAACACGCAGCUGAUGGCGUUAAUGCGGCGGGAGGAGCUGCCUCGAGUCAGGGUGAUGGAGCUUCCUUACGCCUUCCAGUGCUGUGCCUUUGUCUCCUGUGAGAGGAGAGGAGGAGGAGGAGGAGGAGGAGGAGGAGGAGCCUCAUGGGACACAGAGGAAGCAGCAGACUCCACUCUGAGAGAAACCUCCGUUCUCUCCAGCCAAGAUCAGGACUGGGAGGAUUUUCUGUUGGAGUUUAAAGAAGAACCUAAACUUCAACACUCUGUCCACUGCAGCCCUGCACCAGGUCCGUUCCGCCCCUGCCUCCAUCUGCUGGGCAGCUGGUUGAUCCGUGGAGGGGUGUGGCUUAUUGCAGGCCUCUCAUUGGUCAGCAACAGCCUGGUCGUCCUGUCAAUCUUCUUCUCCCCCGCCUCCUCGGUGACUCCGCCCAAGCUGCUGAUUGGCCUCCUGGCGCUGGUGAACGGCCUGAUGGGACUGUGGAGCGGGUGGUUGGCGGCGGUGGACGGCUGGACGUUUGGCGUUUUUUGGAGGUACGGGGCGACGUGGGAGAGCAGCUUCCUGUGCCGCCUCAGCGGCUUCCUGUGUGUGUUCGCCUCGCAGACCGGCCUCUUCCUGCUCACCGCCGCCGCGCUGGAGCGCUGCCGCACGGCCGCACGCCGCCACGGCAAACCGGAGGGACGCGGCGGUCGCUCCUCGCCGCUCUGCGUCCGUCUGGCGGUGUGCCUCAGCUUCCUGUUGGGCCUCGCCGUCACGUUGCCCCCCCUGGUGGCCGGACACGGCAGCAACUCCCUCUGUCUGCCCUCCUCCUCCUUCUCCUCCUCCUCCUCCUUGGCCUUCUCAGUCUCCGUGGUGCUCCUCGACUCGCUGUGCUUCCUCCUCAUGACGCUCGCCUACACCCGCCUCUACUGCCGGGCCAACAAGCCCGCCGCCGCCGCUGAGGAGGAGGAGGAGGAGGAGGAGGAGGAGGCGUUGACUCGACACGUGGCCUGGCUGCUCUUCUCAGACUGCCUCCUCUACCUCCCGGUGGCCUUCCUCUCCUCCUCCUCGCUGCUGCGCCUCCCCGCCGCCGGCCCGGAGGCGGCCAAGGCGCUGCUGCUGCUGGUGGCGCCGCUGCCGGCCUGCGUCAACCCGCUGCUGUACCUCCUCUUCAACCCGCUCGCCCGCCAGCAGCUGGCGGCGCUCGCCAGGCGGGCGCCCAGACUCUGCAGGGGAGGAGGGGGAGGAGGGAGGUCGAGGUGCGACGAGGAGGCGGAGAAGCAGUCGUGUGACUCCACCCAGGCGCUGGUGGCGGUGGGAGGCGCAAAGGAGGAAGAGGAGGAGCAGCAGAGAGGAAGACAGCAGGGCAAGACACGGCACUCAGUGCCGUUUGUUGUUCCUCAUCAAUAAACACACACACACAGACACACACAGACAGACACACACACACAUACUGCAGAGUGUGUGGUAACAAAUGUAUCAAUACAUCAAAAUCUAACAGAUUUAACAGGAAAGAAGACCCUGUUGAGGACUUAAUACAUCGUGAAAUCAACUCUCUGAUUGGUCGAUUUCAGGCUUCAUGCCACCUUACGCACACACAAAAACACACAAACACACUAUUAGCAGUCAGCAGCUUUUAUUUUGAAAGAUGACACAAAUUACAGCGUGUGUGUGUGUGUGUACAUAUUGUAAAUAACAAUCCUAUUUCCUUAUUGUGAGAAGGGUUAAAUGUGCUUAUUCACAUCUUUAUUUUCAUUGUAUUGUGGAUGAUAUCAAAGGUAAUAACAACCAUAAUAAAUCUCACACUGGUUUACUGCUCUUAUUAUUAUCACCGCUUUUAUUACAUUUCAGUAAAAAACAAUUACAUUGGUCUCAAAUUGUUAAAUUGUUACCUUUUUUUAAUCUUUGAAUUUGUAAUUCUUGAUUUACUUUUGUCUUUUUGGUUUUCUAACGAUCCCCUUUAUUACUGUGUCUUUUAAAGUAUGAGUUACUGUACUUAAAUACAAUUGAUUUUGAUAGAUGUUCACAUUCUGAAUGGACUUAUUAUUUGUAGUAUUUAUACACCGACUCUUUUAAUACUUUUACUUUUAGAGAUGGUUUGAACCAUCAGACUUUAAUCUUCUUCAAAAGUUUUAAAUCCAUUUAUCUGAGAAAAUGUUUUCAACUCAACUCAUUAUUAUUAUCAUUAUCUUUAUUUUAACUGUUGUUACAAACUGUAAAAAAGUCUGACGGUUUAAAAAUGAUGUAGAAGUAUGAAGAACUGGUGUUUUGUUGCAUUUUAGUUCCUUUAGUGUUGUUUUUCUGUUUGUGUGGGCGGGGUCUCUGGCCCCGCCCCCAGCCGUAACCAUGGAAACCAUUUGUGAUAAACAUCGACCGUUUCAAAGUCAGGUUGAUCUGCUGCACUUUCAACAAUCAGCACUUCAAAUGUCCUGUUGUGUCUGUUGUGCGCUUUGUGAGACGCAUUUAGCUCAAAAUAUUCUAAAGUAGACAAACAUUUAAAACUUGUAUUUAUGGAGUUACAUUUAUUAGUACUAAUCUACUUUUAUCCUCUUGUUCAGCUGAAUAAACUCUUUAAGAAGGAAAUGAUUGUCGGUUUGUGCUGUGAACACAAACACAACGCUGAUCACAUCUAAACAACCGCACAAUUCCCCGAGGAAGCUGUGUGUGAUGAGAACAUUUAGGAUGAACUGCUCCAUCUUCUUCUUCUCUGGUUGGUUUUAGCUCUCUAAGGUUUUUGUUUAUAGCGAUAAUACGUUCAUAUCUAAUAAAGUGUGUAGCCAAAAUAUAACUAUUAAAAGAAAACAUGGAAUCGCUGUGACCAACACAAUAAAGUAUUAACAAACAGAACCCUCCUUCUCUUCUCUUUGUUAAACUCACUGGUCUCCAUCGUGACGUCAGAACUUUUCAUUCAAAGCAUUUCUCACGUGAAUAAAACAUCUGGUUUUAUCUUUCAGAGGUUUUGAAGUAAAUAUUCAGGUUUUCCAGCUGAAUACAAACUGCCUGAAGGUGUGCGUCUCAUUAUUUGGGGUCUCUUCGUCACCUCUCGUCCUCCAUGUUCACCUGCUGGUUCUGCCACAUGUCGUCAGGUUCUGGAGUAGUUUUGACAAUCAAUACUACUCCAGCAUUUGCCCGGUGGGCCGAUUACCAGUCCAGCCCUGGUAAACACGUAU